GACUAUUUAAGUAGUCAUUUAAUUUUGAAUUAAUUUCAUUGGUUAAGAUGCAUCAUGUGAUUUAGGUCAGAGGUCAUGGCAGCCAUCUUAGAUUUCUCCUCACAGCAGCAGUGAUGCAGCAGUAGAUGUCUCCCUGAUAAAAGCUAUAUUUCUGUUAUUUUGUGCCAGAGGCCAUCGUCUUUUCACAAAAUACGAUGUUGUGCAACUGAAGAUUUCAAGUAAAACACUGGAAAAGAUCUCCUUCAGUUUCGACUUUUUCUUCAGCCUUCAUCCUGUUUAGCUAUCUGUCAAGGUGCAACCUACUUGCAGCAGGGACAGAAUAGUGAAAAGACGUAGCCUCUUCAAAUUAGGUAAAGACGGAAUCUCUGCAACUAAGCUUCAAAGUCUGCUUUCACGAGAAGUCUCUUUUCAUACCUUAUUCUUCUGCAUUGUUUCAAUCUGUAUUUGAAAGAUACAAUUUACACAUAGCGACAUGGAGAGUGAGAGAAAAUCAGAAACAGAGGACGCAUUGGAAACUAGAUCAGUUGUUACACGCUCAACAACAUCAUCUAAAAGGUCUAGUAGGACAUCUGCCGGUAUGGCAGCGGCAAAAGCACGGGCUAGAGCUGAAGCUGAGCGUACACGGGCAUAUUAUGUCAAGAAAGAAACUGAAUUGAAAAUUGAGAAAGUUCGUAUGGAAGGCAGUCUUACCGCUUUAGAACAUGAAAAGGAGGCUGCUGCCGCUAUGGCUGAGGUGAGAAUAUUAGAAGAGGCUAUAGAGAGCAUGGAGGGAGGCAGUUGUCAUUCAGGCAGCCAAAUAGUACCUCCCAUAGAUCCUGCGCAGCGCACCAGUGAUUAUGUGGAGCAUCACUCAAGCCACUCUAAUGUAGCUUCUAACGCGGAAGCAAGUUUAGCUACCCCACAUGUUGAAUUUGUAAACCGUUAUGAGAAAGAAAACAGGCCGUUAACGGAAAGCUCUCCAGGGCAUGCUCCACCUGACUGUGAUAAAAUAGUCAGUGAUUCGGUCUCGAUGCCUAACACUGUCAAGAUUGAAAAAUCUCAGUCUGCCACAUACAGCCCAAUUAAUUACUGGCCCCUUGCACAGACUUACAAUGCCAGUACUCCCGUUCACUCACCUUUUCGAGAAGAAGCUGAAUUGAGUGAUUUGGCAAGGUUUCUUGCCCGUCGUGAACUCAUUAAUGCAGGACUCACAAAAUUCGACGACCACCCAGAGAACUACUGGGCUUGGAAGUCGUCCUUUUUAAGUGCUAUCAGCGUGCUCAAACUUACUUCCAGCGAACAGCUGGAUCUAAUGAUUAAGUGGCUGGGUAGUAAAUCAGCAGAAUACGUGAGACGCAUCAGGUCCGUGAAUAUAAGGUAUCCUGAUGUCGGGCUUAAGAUGGCUUGGGACCGUCUAGAAGAGAUGUAUGGAUCUCCAGAGGCAGUGGAGAAAGCACUUUUUGACAAGAUAGAAAAAUUCCCAAAAAUCAGUAAACAAGAUCCUCUGAAAUUACAAGAGCUCGGAGAUCUGCUAUGCGAGAUUCAGCUAAAGCUGAAGGGUAUCUAUUAG